UUCACACAGCACCACUCCAACAAUGGCAGCUCUUACAUUGCGUGCUGCUCUCUUAUUUAUUGUCAACCUUACUAUCGGACUAACUCUCGAUACAAUAUUAGGAGACAGAGUUCAGUUUCCAGAAACCGAACACUGCAGCGAGAGAGGAGCGAAACUCCAGUACACUUUGACAGAUGAAAGCAGUCAGAAUGUGGCUCAUCUGGAGGGUGUUUGGAAGCCGGCAGACGGUUACGAAGAUCGGAUGAGUCCAAACGAGUCCGUGAUCUUAAACAGGAGCAACAUCAACGACCAGGGACUGUACAGGUUAACCUGCGGCUCAGAGAAACUUACCCAGCUGAAUGUCAUCAUAUCCUCGGAGAUAUCAGUGACUGCGGGAGAGGCUGCUGGAUUUACCUUCCACUACUUUACUGCAGGAAAACUCGGGAUGUACAGAGUGGAGAGAAACCAACAGCUUGUGUUUGAGCUGGACCUCUCCUCCGGAAACACCUCACAGGGCUCAGGGUUUGAGAACAGAACAUCUGUAGCCCCUCACUGGAGGUCAGAUGGAGACCUGACUCUGACCCUGCAGGGGGUGAAGCCCGAGGACCGAGGAGAUUACAUUUUCCACGUCUUUAAAGUCAACAAGAGGGGACAUUUUCAGGCUGUGAGGAUGAGGGUCAGCCCUGCGCCGAAUACAGAGGACAGGAACCCGGAACAGAUCACCGUCACCCCCCAGCCAUCAUGCAAAGAGAAGAUCGCUUUGAUCUGUGUCUCCGUAGCUGCUGUGCUUUUGAUUGCUGGAGCUUUUUACUGUGGUCAAAAAAAUCCGAGAAUCUGCGGGUCAAAGGUCUCUGGAGGAGCCGCUGCUGGAGGAGCUGGAACAGAACUUGAGAUGCCACCUUACACCGACACUCCUGUUCCGGUAGUGAAUGGUCAUGCUUGAUGACGGUGUUUAAUGUGAUGUAAUAGCCUAUUGUUUUCAAUGAUAUUCACACAUUAUUACGUAUAUUCUGUACAUGCUUCUCCCGCCGUGGUGCGUUUAUUUAGUUGUCUGCAAAACACACUUUAUUUUUCUACCUUCUCUUCCUCGACCCUCAUUAAAUAAAUAUUUAACAACAACAAUACAUGUAACCGGUGCGCGCUCUCUCUCUCGCUCGCGCCACACAUACACACCUUAUUAUACAUCCAUGAUACACACCCUCCCGAGCUUGAAUGACACACAGAGACCAAUCAAUGGCUUCAGUGUAUGAUCUGUAUGAAAGUGGCCAUGUCGGCAGGCCACAUCAUGUAGACAGCCAGUCAUCCUCUGUGAGGCAGAGUCAGACCCACAUUUACGCAGCGUUGCGUUCAC